AUGAGAAUUCAUAAAACUACUACUACUACCACUACUACUACUACUACUACUACUACUACUACUACUACUACUACUACUACUACUACCACUACUACUACUACUACUACUACUACUACUACUACUACUACUACUACUACUGUUACUACUACUACUACUACUACUACCACUACUACUACUACCACUACUACUACUACUACUACUACUACUACUACUACUACUACCACUACUACUACUACUACUACUACUACUACUACUACUACCACUACUACUACUACUACUACUACUACUACCACUACUACUACUACUACUACUACCACUACUACUACUACUACUACUACUACUACUACCACUACUACUACUACUACUAAUAAUAAUAAUAAUAAUAAAAUAUUUAAACAUAUCAUUACUGAGUGA